CUGGCCUGACUAUAAAGGGCCAGUCUGAGCUGCAGAGAAUCCCUGCAGAGGAUUCUGAGACAGCAGGUGGAUCUCCCGCAGCCUCCACCCAGAAGGAACCAUGAAGGUCUCCACAGCUGCCUUUGCAGUCCUCCUCACUGCCGCUUUCUGCGCUCCUGCCUCUGCAUCCCCAUAUGCCUCGGACACCACCCCCUGCUGCUUUGCCUACCUCUCCCACCCACUGCCGCUCACCCACCUCCAGGAGUAUUUCUACACCAGCAGCAAGUGUUCCAUGCCAGCAGUCGUCUUUGUCACCCGGAGGAAGCGCCAGGUGUGUGCCAACCCACAGAAGAAAUGGGUGCGGGACUACAUCAACUCUUUGGAGAUGAACUAGGAUGGAGGGCACCUAGAACCUGAACUUGUGCAAAGUUUCCUGCCGCUUCUUGUUUAUGUCCUAACUAGCUUGGGAAAGUCCCCACCCCCCCCCCCCACUCCCACUCCCUCCUGGGAGGGUGCAUAUUCCACCACUAAGCAGCAGUUAUAAAAGCCUCCUCCAUCUAAAGCUUCCAAGAGUUCCUGAGGCUCUGACUUAUGCACAGAAAGUCUCUUGGCUCUGAGCUUCAGGCUGCAGCUCUGCCAUCAGAAAGGAAGUCAGUAUGUCUCUGGAGGCGAAGAAGGGAGAAAGACUGGGCUUCCUGUAGCCAAAUCUCCCCUCGCAGCCCCUUCGCUGCGAAGGGCUGACUGGCAAAUGUGAGAAAUCAGCUUUCCAUUAAAAUUCUCGUCGCAGUUA